AUGAGGAUAGAUAAAUGUUGGUAUUGCUCGGGAAACAUAUAUCCAGGGCAUGGAAUACACUUCAUACGUAAUGACGCAAGAGUCUUCCGGUUUUGUCGUAGCAAAUGCCAUAAACAUUUUAAGGCAAAACAUAAUCCACGUAAAGUAAAAUGGACAAAGAUAUAUCGUAAAGAAAGAAACAAAGAGCUUAAUGAGGAUAAAGUAUUUGAGUUUGAAAAGAUUCGUAACGAGCCAAUAAAAUAUGAUAGAAAUUUAUAUAUAAAAACAAUUAAUGCUAUAAAAACAAUUGAAAAGAUUAAAGAGAAAAGAAAAAUGUUAUUUUAUAAAAAUAGAAUAAAAGAAGUAUCUGAUAAAAAAAUUAACUUAUCCUUAAAUUAUAUUAAGAAAAAUCCAGCUUUAUUAAAAAAUACAGAAUUUGAAAAUAUACAUAAAGAAUUAAUUGCUAUGAAACAAGAACAUGUAGACGUUACACUAGUUAGAAAUAAUUUUGAAAGUGAUGAAAUUAUUAGGAUGGAUGAAAAUGAUGCAAUUAAAUUUUCUUCAGACAUAUUCCACGAACAAAAUGUACAGAAAGAACGAGAGCAACGAGAGAAUACAAAUAUGGAGUUUGCUUGA